UCGCAUCCUCGUCGUCCCGUACGAGUUCUUGACGCGAGCGAGUGUUUCGAAAGUGCCGUGGAUUAUCGAAAACGAAGUGAAGUGUCGGGCGUUCGCCAACAUUCGUCGUGUCGGAUACGGGCAUGGUGCGAAGUCGUGUCGCGUUCAAUCGUGUUUCGCAUCUUCUCCGUUGCCUCGUAUCCCGAGUUUUCGACACGUGUGAAUACCGAAAAUGUCGAAAACGAAGAGUUAUGUGUAUCAAGUAUGAAUCGAGAGGAGGAGGAUCGUCGUGAGGAGGAUCUUGGAUCAAAGAACGUUCGAGAGCUGCCGCCAAAACGGAGCUGGACAGUGCGACCAGCAGUGAACGUUUACGACGAGCAGAACGAUGAUCCCGUUGAGUCGAACGCAUCGAGCGUUGUUGAAAAUUACGGGAGGUCGCCACGCUCGGCGACCUUGCUUUGACUUUGGGACACCGACUUAUCACGGCUCGUACUCGUCGAGCGGCGGUCGUCCGAGUGACGUUACGUUUCUCGUUGGUAAAAGGUUAGCGAGGCUUGUCGCGCCCGGCAGUGCUCACCUCUUCUCCAGGGAUAUCGCAGUAAAUCAGGUCACAAAGGGAAGCAUCAUCGCUAUGGCGCUGAACAAGCUCAGCAUUGACAAGGUGGAGUUGGCAGACAAGAGGGUACUCAUACGGGUCGACUUUAACGUGCCGCUGAAAGAGGGAAAGAUAACGAACAAUCAGAGAAUCGUCGCUGCUUUGGACACAGUAAAGUAUGCCAUCGACAAGAAGGCCAAAUCGGUCGUGCUGAUGUCUCAUUUGGGCCGACCGGACGGUAAGAGGGACGAAAAGUAUACACUGAAGCCUGUGGCUGAGGAGCUGAAAACUCUGCUGGGAAAAGAAAUUCUAUUUUUGAACGAUUGUAUUGGACCCGAGGUGGAGACUGCUUGUGCCAAUCCAGCGCCUGGUACCAUUAUUCUAUUAGAAAAUUUGAGAUUUCAUAUUGAGGAGGAAGGUAAAGGAGUAGGUCCUGAUGGAAGUAAGGUUAAAGCUGAUAAAGAUAAGGUUGUCGAAUUUAGAGCAUCUCUGAGAAAGCUAGGAGAUGUGUACAUAAAUGAUGCCUUUGGAACUGCUCAUCGUGCUCAUAGUUCUAUGAUGGGAGAUGGAUUUGAUAUAAGAGCAAGUGGUUUUCUGUUGAAGAAGGAGCUUGAAUAUUUUGCAAAGGCUCUAGAUAAUCCAGAAAGACCAUUUUUGGCUAUACUUGGAGGGGCUAAGAUUGCUGACAAGAUCCAGUUAAUCAAUAAUCUCUUGGACAAAGUGAAUGAAAUGAUUAUUGGAGGUGGUAUGGCUUACACAUUCUUAAAAGUGUCUAAAGAUAUGAAGAUUGGAAAUUCAUUGUUUGACGAAGAAGGAGCAAAAAUCGUGAAUGAUCUGUUAGAUAAAGCAAAAAAAAAUAAUGUACAAAUUCACUUACCAGUGGAUUUUGUGACCGCUGAUAAAUUUGCAGAGAAUGCAGCGGUGGGCGCUGCAGAUAUUGAGAAUGGUAUACCUGAUGGUUGGAUGGGUCUCGACAUCGGCCCAAAAUCGAGAGAUUUGUUUGCUGAACCAAUUAAGAGAGCAAAGGUCAUAGUGUGGAAUGGCCCAGCGGGAGUGUUUGAAUUCGAGAACUUCAGCAAGGGUACAAAAAGCCUGAUGGACAACGUCGUUGAGGCCACAAUUCGGGGAACGAUUACCAUUAUCGGCGGCGGGGACACAGCGACGUGUGCGGCUAUGUGGAAAACGGAGGAUAAAGUUAGCCACGUAAGCACCGGCGGCGGUGCGAGUCUGGAACUCCUGGAGGGUAAAGUAUUACCCGGAGUCGCCGCCCUGUCUUCAUCGUAAAUCUGUCUUCGAAAUAUUGAUGUAAAAACUAAUUGUUUUGUGAUGAGCGUUUACGAGUUAUAUAGAAAUUAACGAGUAGCGUUUGGAGAAUAUGAGGACACAAAGAUGUUGUCGAACUUAGGACGUUAGUGUGAUUACUGUAGAACGAAGACGUAUCUAUUUUUUCUCUGUUGUUGGUGUAAUCAUAAUCGCUUCAUUUAUAUUUUUUGGAAUCCCAAUAUUCAUUCUCGAGAAAUAUUGAAAUUAUAUGUUAUUGAACUCUAUAGUACAAUUAUAUUAAUGUACAGUUAUAGAGAAGAUACUGAUUGUAUAUUAUGGAAAAUGUAAUAUAUUAAGAUAAUCCGUAAAUCCAUAUUGUACAUUAGCUGUUAAGGAAAUAAUUGUAAGGAGAGACAGUCGCCGUUAUACUAAAUAUAAUCGUCCCUGCACGGUAAAAAGUUCGCUCAUAGUUUGAACACAGACUUCGAAUUAUUCUGCAUCGUGUUAAACUGUAAAUAUUAUCUUUUAUUUAAUAGAGAAAUUAUAUACUUGCGGCCGUCUGUAAUGUCGGAAAAAUAAAUAUUAAAUAUUCGAUUUUA